AAAGCAGAUGAGGUUAGACUCCGCACUCUGGGGGAAACCUUUUCUGUGGAUGCUUGAGGCACCGCCAGACGGUUAUUAACAAAAGUACAGAAGAAUCCCGAGAUGCGGACACGUUUUCGGAGAUGACUGAGAUGCGGACCAGUACAGGAGUGACCAGAGAUGCGGACACAGUACGGGAGCCAGAGACUGCGGACACGUACAGGAGAUGACCAGAGACUGCGGACACAGUAAGGAGAUGACCAGAGACGGGGGGACACGUACAGGGGGACCAGAGAUGGGGACACAGUCGGGGUGCCCAGAGAUGCGGACACAGUACGGGGAUGACCGGGAGACUGGGGGCAUGUGCAGGGGUGACCGAGACUGCGGGAUAGUACAGGAGAUGCCCGGGGAGAAGCAGACGACAGAAAAGGGGAUGACCAGAGACGCAGGACAGUACGGGGAUGCCCAAAAAACUGCGAAGUACGGGGGAUGCCGAGAUGCGACAGUACAGGAGAUGCCC